AUGGACAAUCCAAACGAACCUCCCCUGGACGAGAUCCAGUGGCGCUCCCCCCAAAUGCUCGCCAGCAUGGGCGGCCUGCAUUCCAACACGAUUCUCUUCUACUUUGCCGAGUCGCCCUUCUUCGAGCGCACCUCCAACAACGCCGUCAUCACCAGCCAAGCCAUGAACAACAUUGCCAUGUACCACUUUAUCCAGACACGCGAGGCCUUUGAAGGACGACUAAAAACAAUGUCUGGCCUCGAGUUCAUCGUCGGCGAGGAACCAGCCGAGACGGGACCCGGAAUGGGCACAGGAGUCUGGGUGAUUCGAAAACAGACACGGCGAAAGCGCUACCAGGAAGAGGAUGAAAUUACGGUCCAUGCGUCGUUUUUUGUGGUUGGCGAGAAUAUCUACAUGGCGCCCACGCUGGCGGAUAUCCUGGCGUCCAGAAUCAUGACGAUAUCGUCUGCUAUUUCGAAAGCCCUACCAGCGGCGGAGAGCGUGCGCAAAUGGCGACCAGCAAUGGGCCAUGUGUACCAAUUGCCUUCUCAUCAACCUGCUGGCCGGGCCAAGGGCCAAGACUCGAAAGAAGAUACACCGAUGCCAGAUGGUGCUGCCAAAGCGGCGCCUGCGACACAGAAGGACGAAGUGCCGAUGGAGAGGGCUGCAGAGGAGGCAUUCAUGUCGCACAUGAGACAUGGAGGUGAAUAUGUUGACGAGAAUCCGAUUACAGGACGGCCAGGGGAGUUCCAUCUUUCAUCGACUGGCAGAAAGGUCGUUGUUCCCUUGCCGAAGAAGGGCCCAGAGGGUGUGGGCACAAUGAAUGGUCCAGCGGCCAUCAACACAAAAGUCGAUACCAAAAAGGAUGGCAAAACGGGACGGACGCCUAAAUCUGCAUCAACGCCUAGGUUGAAGAGGAAGAAGAGCAAGAUGAGCGCUGCAAAUACGCCGGUUGCGACGUAA